CAUCCACUCAUUCGCAACAGGUACUCACUCAGUGCCUGCUGGGAUGCCAGGUCCUCUGCCAGCCGCUUUUCUCCUCUCGCCGCUGCCACCUACUGGCAGAGGCAAGUCUCUCCUGUUUCCCACCUGUAAAAGGGAACUGCCUACACGACACGGGAAGGCUUUACUUACCUGAUUUUAUCUACUCGCCAAGGUUUGAGGGGAGUGCCCAGCGCUUACAAAGGAGAGAGCUGAGCUUGGAUCCAGAUCCCAGUGUCCCCUCACUCUCUUCUCUGGCCUCGUGGGACUGACUGUUAGCAAAUAAACAUACAGGACACUCUGUUAUAGCCGAAUUUCAGAUAAACAAUGAAUAAUAUUUUUGUAUAAAAAGAUAUCCUAAAUAUUGCGUGGACAUAACUUUUUUUUUUUGGCUACACUAUGGCACGCGGGAUCUUAGAUCCCAGACCAGGGAUCAAACCCUUGCACCUACAUUAGGAGCACGAAGUCAACCACUGCACGGCCAAGAAGUCCUUGCAUGGACAUACUUAAAAAACUACUCGCUGUUUUACGUAAUAUUCGAAUUUAACAGGGCGUAUUUUAUCGGGCCUUUUCCUCUGAUCUGCAAAUACACGGUCAUAAAACCAAAGUGUAUUUGCUCCCUAAGGCCCCGUCUGGAACUGACAUCCUGGGAAUCCCUGACUUGACGUCAUUUUUCCAAGAGAGUUUAUCCGGAGAACCCCAGACCAAGCCUGGCAAAGGAACGGCAGGUCUGCGCCUGCGUUAGGGCAUCUCUGGGCCCGCCCCCCGGUCACAGCAGGCCGCGCCCACUCCUCGCGAGAAGGCCGCGCCAACCCAGGAAGAUUCAGAGACGGAAAUAGGAUACCGGAAGCGACUGUUGCCAUGGAGCCCGCGGAGGACUGGCUGGUGGAGUCCUUGCGCUUGUACCAAGAUUUCCAUGCAUUCGACCUCUCGGGAGCCACUCGAGUGCUUGAAUGGAUUGGUGACAAAGGAAUCCUGGUUGCUGGCUAUGAAAGCCUGAAAAAAAAUGAGAUUCUUCAUCUCAUACUGCCUCUCAGACUUUCUGUAAAAGAAAACCAGGGCUUAUUCCCUGAAAGAGAUUUCAAGGUACAGCAUGGAGGAUUUUCAGACAGGUCUGUCUGUGAUCUGAAGCAUGUGCCAGACACCAGGUUGCUGGUGACCAGUGGCCCUCCCGGAAGUUACCUGCAGGUGUGGCAGCUCGCAGAGGACAGUGAUGUCAUCAGAGCUGUUAGCACUAUUGACGUGCACAAGAGCGAGGAGCCUCUUUGGCCCAGGGUGGCCAUUUUCCCAUCGGUGGCACCCGGCGUCCUCCACGGCGCGAGGCUCAGCAGCCUGAAGGUGGUGGAUCUGCACUCACAGAAGACCACGUACACCUCAGGUGUCAGUGACAACGAUGUGCUAAGUAGCCUGCAGGUCCUGGACACGGACACCUUCGCCUUCUGCUGCUCCUCAGGCCGCCUGGGGCUGGUUGACACCCGCCAGAAGUGGUCCCCGUCAGAGAACCUCGGCCCCAGCCCUGGGUCCACUGGAAGGCGGUGGUGUGCAGAAGCUGGCGGCCGGGGCCCUGGGCCCAGCAUUGCCCGCCUUGGCUCAGAUGGGCAGCUCUGUCUUCUCGACCCCCGGGAUCUCUGCCAGCCCGUGAGCUCAGUCCAGUGCCCCGUGUCCAUGCCCAGCCCUGAGCCAGAGCUGCUGCGAGUGACUUGGGCCCCCGGCCUGGAGGACUGCUUGGCCAUUUCAGGGUUCGAUGGGACAGUCCAGGUCUAUGACGUCACGUCUUGGGCUGGAGUGGGGCGCCAAGUAGAACCUCUCUUCACUCACAGAGGUCACAUCUUCCUAGACGACAGUGGGAUGGACCCUGCCCCGCUGGUCACCACCCACACCUGGCACCCCUACAAACCAAGGACUGUGUUAUCGGCAGCCAGUGACGCCUCUCUGCACGUGUGGGACUGGGUGGACCCCUGUGCCUCUCGCUGACACCAGCGUCUUUCAGCCCAGGCCCUGGGAAGCUGCUGUGGAGCAAGGAGACGGAUUCAGGCGACCGCAGACGGCCCUGCUACCAGCUGAGUGGCUGAGAGCAAGUUAACCAGCCUGUCAGCCCGCCCCAGGUUCUUUAUUUGUAAAAUGAGGCUGGUAAUAACUACCUGGCAGGGCUGUUGGGAAGGUUAGAAGUAACAUUUUAAAAUAACUGCUAGAAAAAAUAAAAUAACUGCUAGGCUGCAUGGCACAAUAAACAUUUGGUAACUGCUCUUAGCUCUGGAAGCCCCAUUUCUCCCAAAUGUAGAAUGGCAGUGUUUUACUCUGUCCGUAUUCACAAUAUAGAAUCUGAAGAACGGGUUUUGUGAAUUCUUUUACAGAACUAAAAUGUAUUGUGGUGUUGUAUUAGUUGCUCAGUUGUGUCUGUCUCUUUGUGACCCCAUGGACUGUAGCCUCCAGGCUCCUCUGCCCAUGGGAUUCUUGAGACAAGAAUACUGGAGUGGGGUGCCAUUCCGUCCUCCAGAGCAUCUUCCCUGACGCAGGGAUUUAACCUGGGUUGCCUGCAUUGCAGGCAGAUUCUUUACUGUCUGAGCCAUCAGGGAAUAGUGGCAAAUAAACAUAAAAAAUGUCAACCCCAGUAGCAAUGAAGGAAAUAGCAGUUUAAAAGAAGAUUAAAAAAAAUAUUACAAGGGAACAAAAUAACAAAAGACUUUGUAUUUCAAUAUAAAUGCCAUUCUUUCACCUAAUGCGGUCAUCAGACCCCUGCAUGUAUGUUCAGUUCAGUCACUCAGCUAUGUCCGACUCUUUGUAACCCCAGGGACUGCAGCACGCCAGCCUUCCCUGUCCAUCACCAACUCCCAGAACUACUCAUACUCAUGUCCAUCGAGUCGUGGAUGUAUGUGGUAAAAUCAAGAACUGGGCAGCCAGGAUUACAGACCCAGAGAGGGGUGCUGCAUUUGUGACUCACACUCGAAAGUUGAGGACCUGGUUUUUCUGAAUUGAUGAAAAAACCCUUGAGGAAAGUUCUCCACAAAAGAAUGUACUGUUUUCUCAAAGUUUUACUCAGUAGUUGAAUUUCUGGGACAUUCAGGUAUAUUGAUCCUAACCUUUCCUUGAUGCAAAACUUUCCUUGUGUGUGUGUAUAAAAAGUUAGGUUCUCAGUAAUUGUAAAAAGGCUUUCCCCUCCAUCAGUGAUUUUCAAAUCUUAACAUGCAUCAGAAUCACCUGGUUAAGACACAGACUGCUGGGCUCUGUUCCCAGAGUUUCUGAUCAGUAGGAGUGUUAGCCAGGCUUCCCAGGUGGUGCUAGUGGUAAAGAACCUGCCUGGCAAUGCAAGAGACAUGGGUUCGAUCCCUGGGUCAGGAAGCUCCCCCAGAGGAGGGCAUGGCAACCCACUCUAGUAUUCUUGCCUGGAGAAUCCCAUGGACAGAGGAGCCUGUUGGGCUACACUCCAUGGGGUCGCAAAGAAUCAGACACGACUGAGCGACUUAGCCCUCUGGCACUCAGGAGUGUUAGCCGGGGUGUAGUCAGAGAAGCAGACCAGUACUUGUGGGAGCUGGGCCCACAGUCUCUGUAAGGCUGCUGUCUUUCCAUUUAUCCGCUGCUGGAGCCUGGGCCCCACAGGGCAGAUGCUGGGGGCCACCAUGGGAGAUCCCACCCAUGACAAAGGUCAUGUGGAGAAGACCUGACAGGCAAAGGCAGAUCAGGACUCGAGGGAUUCCCUGGACCUGCUCGAGCAUCUACCCCGAAAACAAAAUCUGUCUGUCUACUGUUUAUUAUAUUAUGCCUUUUACCAACUCUUCUGACAUUAACAGGGGGCUAUCCCCAACCACCUUUCUCUGAAGAAAAUCAACUUAGGGCUCUAGUUAAUAAGUCUCCUGGGCUUGAAAGGAGCAUUUUUACUUUAACCCCUCUGUUACUAUUUUAGCUUGCUUGACAGGUUUAUCCAUCCUCUUGCAACUAACACACAUGAUUGUUCACAACACCCCAAGCAUAACCUUCGAGCGAUAAAAAAAGCUUUAGUAGAAUAAUACUACAUUGUUGAGCCAAUGUUUGCUACUGAGUUUCCUUGUCCUUUACCCAAUGUGCGCCUGGGAGUGCAUUAGCUAGUAUAGUUGGUAUGCAAGAAAAACAAGCAGUAGCCUUGGCAUUAGCAACAUAAGACCCUUGAGUUAGUAAGUUCUUUCUUUGUUGUAACCCACUGCACCUCUGCUCCAUAAGAAUGUAGCUCUGUUUCCUGAGGGGGACUGCAGAUUGGGAAGAUAAAGGGAAAGCAGGUUUUCUGGUUGACCAACCUUUAUCAAGAAAGAGUUACAAAAUGUUAACAGGCCACAGGGCCAGAAGAUGCUGUACAUAACAUAAGACCCUUGUUUAUGAAAAGCUAUGGAGAAAAUGUCCUGGUUUCAAUAAAGGUAAAACAGAUGUAAUGUUGAGCUAACUCUGCAUGACUUUGUAUCUUUCACUUAUGGAAAUGUGUAACUCAGGGUAUAAAAGCUCCCUUUGAAAAUAAAGCUGCAGACCCGGCUUCAUCAGA